AUGCAUCCCCAGCAGGAACUGCGCAAUCCCACGCCGUAUCAUCGUCGUCUACACGAGGUGGUUGCCGGGGCCGCCGUCCUCGCCACCUCGCUCAGCACGAGUAAGUCUCUCUCCUCCUCCUCCGCGAGCUUCGCGGCUGCCGCAGAAUCCACCGGGCACUCCUUCCCCCGCCGUCCACCAGCCGCAGCUGAAGCCGCCGUCGUCGCAGCCGCAGCAGCGCCGUCAACGAUGCCCUUCGCUGCCUCGCCGCUGGAGGACGACAUCGAUGCGGACUUCCAGUACGACUUCGUGGACCUCUCCCUCUCCCCAAACCCACGCCCACCGCUCUCGUCAUCCCCUACCCGAAACACAACGCCCGCCGCGGCCGCCUCCCCAUUUGCGCGGCACAGCUUCACGCCGCCCGGCGCCCCGACAUCGCCCUUCGCCAGCGCCCUCCUGGGCGCCGUGCUCAACGUGCGUCAUCGUGGCGGCGACGCAGCACGGUUCGCCACGCUCCGCGCCGACCUGCCGCUGAGCAGCAACGACGAUCGACUGACGCCUAACGACGGCGGUGGCGUUGGACUCGUGACAAAGCAGACACGCGCGAUGCCGUACAUCGCCGAGCCGCCCCACGGCCGCCCUCCGUUCCCCUCUUGCUCACGUCGCGAGUCUCCCGACGACAGAGUCGGAGACUUUGUGCGAGAGGCGAUGAACGAGGCGGACAUCCCACCGGGUUUGCUGCGCUUCCUGCGCGGGCAGAAACAACCAGGCGAGCACUCGCCGACCACCACCGCGACCACGUCGUCGUCACCGUCUUUGCUUCCUCCUGCGUACGCUACGGCGCCGACUUCGGCGCAGCGCGCUCCACAUCCAACGACGCCCGAGUCGGCGAACACGAGGCGUCCAGGCUCAGUGCCGAUGCUGCCUCCGGUGCCACUCGCCUCCCCGUUGGCUGGCCAUUUAUCCCCGUAUCAGCAGCAGCAGCAGCAGCAGCAGCAGCAGCAACCCCAGCAAACGUUGCCGCGGCCCAGCGUUACAAAGGGAGUGCCGCAGCCUUUAUGGUCUGCCGAGAUCACUGCGAAGUACCACGGCAACGACACGAGCACGAACAACGUGUCUACCGGCACGGCUGCCUCUGCUACCACGAUGCACUCCGAAGCGCAGGGCAUGCAAGAGCUGACGGAGUACGGCCACCACCUGCGUUCACACCCACUCGCCAGCCCUGGCAACGUGGCCAUGGGGGAAGGCAGCACGGCGCAGCACGCGGCACUGCAGCAGCCGAGUGCGCGGAGCGAGAGUGAUUCGAGCAGCAGCGGCAGCAGGCAGACGUGCAGCGGUGGUGAGGUCACCCGCUCCCUCUCAACGACGCGGACCGCGCCGGCUGAGCUGUCCGCCACGCAGCCCCUCGACAGCACGCAGAGCUCACCCGCAGACGCGAACCUGCCUUGUCGCUUCACGCCGUCGCCGCCGACGACGGCGCAGGGCAGCGGGCAGGAGACCCUCAGCGGUGGUGGCGGCCCACGCGGGUGUCGUCGUCGCGUGGCGGAUCUGGAGAGCAAAGACGAAUCCUUUCGGCUUCAGAGUUUUCGCAAGAGUCCGCCCGCCCACUGUGUGGGGUCCGUCGCCUCCUUUCCCUACUCCAUCAGCGCAGCUGGGGGCACGGUGCCGCCGGGGCAGCUGGGCCGCAUGAUCCCCACAUCCGACUCCAACGGAUUGGCAGGCUUGCCAGAGCACGGCGGCUGCAAUGCAGGUAGCGGUAGUGGUGGUGGUCACAACGGUCGACUGAAUCCAUUCCAGGAGGAGGAGGAGGAGGAAGAGGAGAACGGCGUCUGCGUUGUGCAGCGGCGCCAGGACAUCCCCGACGACCUCUUCGAAGGGAGCAGCGACGAGGAGGCGACGGUACUCAGCAGCGCGAGCAGCGGAGGAGUCGUGCAAGCCCUGGCGGUGUCGGCGGCGGUGGCGGAGGGCGAGGUGGGUCCCAUGCAGCCACAGGAGCGUCAGCGGCGAUACAAUUCGACCCGACGAUUCCCCAAACCGCUGCGGUCGAUUUAUUCGGUGUCGUGCGCGUCGCCGCUGCCGAUGGAGUUGGUGCACGCCCCCACGCACGCGCCGACGCAUGCGCCAAACACGGCGGCGACUACGACCACCGCCGCCAACACCAACGCCACCGCGAUGGUGAGCUUCGCCGACGGCCUCGCCGUCACACCCCUUUUUUCGAUGCCACUCUCGACAAACGUGUCCACGGCGAGCAGCUCGCACAAACGGCGGGCGUUGUUUAUCGCACGCAACAUGGAAGACGCACCGCCGCUGAUUCAGGAAAAGCAGCAGCAACUACUGCAGCAGCAGCAGCAAUCACAACCACACUCACCGCGGCAACACGCGCAGCUUUCCCUGCGCCGUUCACGCUCCACCUUCUUCGGCAGCUUCACGGGUGCGAGUUUCCCGUUGAACGACAGCGCGGAGGUGAUGAGCUAUGUGGACAGCAACAUCACCACCCCGCUCUCGCCGAAUGGGGAGUUGGAGCCGUCCCUCAUGGCCGGCGUAGCGUGGAUGGACUCCUUCUCCCCGUACACCUCCUGCACCUCCCCGUCCACGACGCUCAACACCACGACGAAUCUCUGCAGUACGGUGCACGCGAGCUCCGCGCUGCUGAGCUUUGGCGUGCCACCGGCGGCGGCGCUGGCGCUGUCGGAGCGCUCCGACGCGCGCAUGGGCGGUCGCGUCUUCGGCUCAGCCUCGCAGUCGUCGACGUCGCGCCAUCACCGCCGCCCGCAGUCGGCCACGACGCAGCACACGUCCGGCUUCUCAGGGCACUCUGUCAACGUCAGCUUUUCCGUGCCGUCCUCCAACGCGAUGCUGCUAUCGCCGCACUCACCGGGGAAGUACAGUGGCCGGCAGUGCUCGCACGAGCGGCGAGCUGUGGGCUCCCAACAGCAGAAGUACUACCACCCGCACCCCAUGUUGACCCGCAGUGCGAGCUCUGGCCCCAGCAUGGCGAACAGCAGUGUGAGCAGCAACGUGCCUGCGCUCUUGAUCCCUGAUCGAAGCAGCGUGGCUGCGGAGCUAGGCGGCUCCCCUGCGCACCGUCAGCGGCAGCAUCGGCGGCAGCAGCAGCAUCAGCAGGUGUCGACAACGACCCCGAUCGGCGACUGCGCCUUCUCGCGUUCUUUGUCGGCGCCAAGCACCUCCAGCGCGGCGACUUCCGUGUUGAGCUUCAUGCCCAGCCCCUCCACCUCUGCGUUGUAG